GUAGGAGCGACUCUUCAUAAGUGGGAAGCCUGAGAGAAGAAGACCGGAGAGACGAUGGAGGCAGCGGCAGCAGCAGCAGCUGCAGCCUGUUUCCACGGAGCAAGAGCGCGCUCCAAGACGCACACACAGACAUCUGAUUAACUUUUAUGUUUGUUUGAAAAUAAACUGAUGAUCAUGGUAAUAAUCAUGCUUUUGAAUUUAAACUCAUGCACGGUGGAGGUCUCCACUUUCAUGUAAGAUCUGAGUUGGUCGGAUGAUGCGUUCCUGGAUUGGAUUAACGCGCGGUGGUUAAGGGCGAUUCUGCGCACUUGGAAAAUUAUGUAAGGUUGUCCCGGCGUCUUAGACCGCAGUAUUUUCCUCAGACGCAGCCAUGAAGUCCGUGCUGGAUGGCGUGGCGGACACCACGUUCCGGACUAUUACAUCUGGUUUACAGUUUCUGGGCUCCAACGACGCCAACUACGAGGACCCCCUCAACGAUGUAGACUUCAAGGCGGGUUUCUCUCUGCAGAAGCCCUUGUCCGCAUUCCGCAGCAACUCCUUUCCCAACAAACUACCUGCGGACGAGGAGCUCAUCCUCAAGGGCAUCCCCUUCUACCCCACCAACGGCACAGACCUGUUUGGGAACAGGAGCACCUUCAAAGAUGACACUAACACCUUACAGUGCGGGGAGAACUUCAUGGACAUGGAGUGUUUCAUGAUCCUGACCCCCAGCCAGCAGCUGGCGGUUGCUGUGAUGUCUCUGACUCUGGGUACCUUCACCGUGCUGGAGAACCUGGUGGUGCUCGGCGUCAUCUUCCGGUCCCGGACCCUCCGCUGCCGACCGUCCUACCACUUCAUAGGCAGCCUGGCUGUGGCUGACUUGCUUGGCAGUGUCAUAUUUGUCUACAGCUUUCUGGACUUCCAUGUUUUUCACAGGAAGGACAGCCCCAAUGUUUUCCUCUUCAAGCUGGGCGGAGUCACGGCGUCGUUCACCGCGUCCGUGGGGAGCCUUUUUCUCACCGCCAUUGACCGCUACAUCUCCAUACACCGGCCCCUCUCCUACAGGCGCAUCGUGACACGGACCAAGGCUGUCAUUGCCUUUUGUGUGAUGUGGACCAUCUCCAUCGUCAUCGCAGUGCUACCUUUGCUGGGCUGGAACUGUAAACGUCUCAAUUCCGUUUGCUCAGACAUAUUCCCUUUAAUAGAUGAGAAUUACCUGUUGUUCUGGAUCGGCGUGACCAGCGUCCUGGUCCUUUUCAUCAUCUACGCUUACAUAUACAUCCUGUGGAAGGCACACCAUCACGCUGUGCGCAUGCUCAGCCGCACCUCCCAGAAGAGCCUCGUCGUUUACUCGGCAGACGGGACUAAAGUGCAGACCACACGCCCUGAGCAGACGCGCAUGGACAUCCGUCUGGCCAAGACCCUGGUGCUCAUCCUGGCGGUGCUGAUCAUCUGCUGGGGCCCAGUGCUGGCCAUCAUGGUCUACGACCUCUUCUGGAGGAUGGACAACGACAGCAAGACGGUGUUUGCUUUCUGCAGCAUGCUGUGUCUGCUCAACUCCACCGUCAAUCCGAUCAUCUACGCCUUGAGGAGCAAGGACAUGCGGCAUGCCUUCCUCAGCUCCUGCCAAGCCUGCAGGGGCAGCGCCCAGCAGUUGGACAAUAGCCUUGAGUCGGACUGCCAGAACAGACAUGCCCACAUUUCUGCCAACAGGGCUGCAGAGAGCUGCGUGAAGACCACUGUGAAGAUUGCCAAAGUAACAAUGUCUGUGUCAACGGAAACUUCGGCGGAGGCCGUCUAAUUGGCCGUCACGGGGUAAACUGUAAAUGUCAUGCCCCCCCCCAAACAAUGCCGUUGAACUGAAUGAAGCGACGGUUAGAUAUCCCCAGAAAGAAAACCCUUGACUUACUGCACAUGCUCACAUGGGAGCAUUAGUGGGUGAAUUACUUUACGCUGGUCUGCGAGAACAUGGUGUGCCAAAGUGCCAAACCAUAUUGAGAGUUCAUAGGAAAGACUCAAUUUAAAAGGGUUAUCCAAGACUAGUAUCAUUCCUAACCAUUGACAUCAUUAUGUCCAGUUAGUUAAGGCAUAUUAUAUUUUUGUACUGUGAAUUCAGGUUUUGAAAACACUAUAUCUUCGUUCAUGGGAUAAGGGGCUACUGACAUUUUUAAUUUGAGAUGUUUACUGUGUUGUUUGGACUUUAAAAUGUACCUUGGACCAUAAAUAUAACACAUCUUCUUGUCUUGACUUUACAGGAUUCAUGAACAUGUUGCAUAUGCACAUUUCACACAGAUGGAAUGAUACAAAAAUAAUGUUGAAAUGACAGAUUUAUUCCAGAAUGAACGUUAAACAUGUAAUUUUAGUACUUCUUCUGACAACACUCAGUGAGUGGCAGCCUGUGUGAAGACAUUUUGAGAAAGGUGAUUCGUGCUUAAGAUUUAAAAAAAAGAAAAAACAACAUAUUUAUCAAAGUGAGAUGGAGGUUAACGGACUCACGGUGUGUCAACUCUAGAAUGGCAUUUACUGUGGCAGUGACAGUCGUCCCUGUUUUACGUCCAUUUCUCAAACCGCUCGCUGUUAGGCCUAUAAAGUAACGUGUCUUGGUUCAAAUGUGUACUUAACAACUGUACAGUCUUUUCUUGCUAAAUAAAGUGUUCAACUCUACUCCUUUCGCCUACGCAGACAACACGACAACAACAACAGGCUUUCGGCCAAAGCUGGAACACUUCAAAGCUGAAUUUGGACGCAGUGUGCUGGUCACUACUGUGUGAAACACUUGAAGUAGUUGCCGAGCUACUUUCAUCAAAUGUACGAUUUUAUGCUGUGUAUGUGUGUGAUACUUUGUGACUUAGUGCUAUAUUUCCAACCCCAAGCCUUUUGAUUAUUGCAGUGAGUUGUUUUAGUGCUAUUGUUGGAAAGGAGCAUCAUUUCGAAAAAUAAAAGCGACCCAUGUGGCCUGGUGUAUUUUGGGCCUAAAAUCAACAACAGACAUUACAGAAAACAUGUCUGUUGUUGAUUUUAAUGAUCCAAACAAAGAAACAAGUGUUUUUUCAUCAGCUGGUAACUUGGUUGGCGUAUAAGUUGUGUGGAAACGUAAAAACUUUCACCCGACCACGCGGAAGAAUCUGAGAAGAUGUGAUUUUUCUAAUAAGAUGUCGAGCUUUAAACCUAGAAAUCUCACAGCUCAACUGUUCUGUAGACAUUUUUUUUGGUGUAAUCAGUACGCUUCGCUGCCUCUCGUAUUAUUGGGUGUUGAAGAUCAAAAUGUCAGCUGUCAAGUGGCUUCUGUACAGUGGUGGCUUGAGGAACCUAGGACUUAAAAACCACAAUCAGUCAAGUGUAUUCAGUAUUGCUGUUUUCAAACGUUUCAAUAAAGUUGCUGCUGGUUGUCA